AUGAUAAGCGAUGAAAUUGACACAUUUGGAACGUACGGUGAAGUGUAUGCUGCCUUCUUGGAUGGGAAGAAUAUCCAAGCUGAAGUGGAUGUUGCUGGAGCAAAGGUGGUAGCUUGGGUUCGAGAGGAGUCAGGGGAUGCACCAGGGAUCCACUUCUCGCAAUCCAUCGUUAACAUCGAUGGAGACGUAGUCAUACAAGAGUUCCACUUGCGUGACAACAACAUCUUGUACAUCACUGGCACCACCUUCAACCCUGUCGACCCUGAUGACGUCCCAGAUAUAAUCACGUUCACGUGUACACUGGGUGAUGCUGCCAUUUUCUCUGCACCAGCCUAUGAUCUCGUGGAGCUGUUGGAUUACGCGUCGGUAUUGGAAGCACAACUGAGUGGAGAGAAACUAUCAGCAGGGAUGGACUUCAGUCAAUGUCUGGAUGCAAAAAACAAAGUUGACCUCACCGACGCGAAAGCUGGCGCAUACUUCGAGCACGUGACCGUUCUCUUACACGACUCUCCAUGGGCGAGACUCUCUGGAUCAGCAUUUGGUGUGCACAGUGAUCCCGUCAGCGGUGUGGCCUACGCGACGUUCGGAGUGACUCUUGAUGCAGACAACAAUGUCGACGUCUUUCCAGGCUACUGGCGGAUUGAUGAAAACGGCGAUUGGAUGGACGACUUCAGUGGCAUCAUGUUCGAAUGCACUCUCGGUGCUGGGAUUAUGUUCUUUGUGGAGGUAUGAGUAGCGAAUAAAAUAUGACAGACAG